AUGUUCACCUUCAAGAACAUCUUCAUGCUCUUUGCCCUGUUCGGUCUGUUCAUCCAGGCUGGACUGGCUACUCCCCUUGACGCCCCUACCGCAGUCGCCAACGUCGACAACACCGUUCCUGACAACGUUGCCACUGCUCCUGUCGACGCCUCCAACGAGGCUUUUGACGAGACUGUUGACGACGGUGUUGACGAUCUCGACGACAAUGACGUGUCCUCGCCUAUCACUGACUCUCUCGAGGAGGCCUUGAAGCCUGUAAGCAUCGCUCCUCCCUCCUCCUUUAUCAAAUUGUUCCAGAAAUCAUGCUAA